AUGGCAGACGUGCAAAAGAAGCUCCAGGCACUGUCUGACAGCUACCAGGGCCUCCAGGCCGGUAAGGCAUUCGCUCUGCUUACGAAUUCGUUGGUUAAUCUCGGAACAGAGCUCGGAACUGCAGUAGAAGCACGCCAGAAGCUCGAAUCACAACAGCAGGAGAACAGUACGGUCAAGAAGGAAUUUGACAUACUCGACGACGAUGCGAACAUCUACAAGCAGAUCGGACCAGUACUGCUGAAGCAGGACAAGACAGAGGCCGUCAUGUCGGUGAACGGCCGCCUCGAAUUCAUCGACAAGCAGAUCAAGGAUAUCGAGAAGCAGAUCCAGGGAAUACAGGACAAGAGUGAGAAGAUCAAGGGCGAGCCAGAUUAUCCAGAUACAGUCGGCGGCACAGCAAUCGCAACAGGCGGCGGCGUCGUCAUGAAAUCGGAGUGCGGCAGGUUUAUUUCUCCCAGCGACAGCGACAGCGAUCACGACUAUAACAGCAGCUAUGACGAUGAGAUUAACCUAAAAGAGCAGGAAUGGAAUAUGCCAUCUUCGCCUGGCGACAUGCUAUUGAUCAACAAGCAGCCCCUUGACGUGGAUUGUCUGGCCGAGAGCGUUAUCACGAUGGUUGAGACAAUCUUACCUGCCUUAGCAUCAGUAUCUCCAGGAAUGUCUACCUUUUCCCUGUCGUCACGAGAACAUCUGUUUAUCAGCCUCCGUUCAAGAUACCGCCUUGGACCCGUAACUCCACAACGUGAUCAUCCGUGA